AUGGACGUCGACCAGCAGCAGAACGACCCCCUCGUCGAGAAGCUCCUGGAGAUCAUCGCCCAGCUCGAACAGCAGCCGCAGAGUGCCGCUCUCAUCCGGACACAGAUCAGUCUCCUCCACCAACUCGCCAUGGCGGACGAAGCCCGGCAAGCCUAUGCCACCCUCUCCAGCCUCAUCAUGCUCCAGGAAGACGAGUGGGUGUCGUAUCUGGAUUUGUCAAUCGAGCAGCUGGGUACCCCCUUGAACGACGCCCAAGGCUUCUGUGAUGUCUUCGAGAGAUUCAAUGCAGCCUUGGAAGACUAUACAUCUCUCCCUCUCAUUCUCAAACAAGUGAAACUAGUCCUCUCUUGCUAUUACGCUGGCCACCCGCCCGCCACCCCAGUCGAAGAUAUCCCGUCCAUUCAAGUUGGCGACGAAAUCACCGGUCUCCUCGACGAGGAUUCAACACGACUUAUGUUGCAGAGUGCUGUCGCCCACAGCAAUGCGUUGUUGAGUGAGAGCCAGCAAGUUUGGGAUCUGUGGAUCAGCUGGGAAAUGGGCCUGCUCGAAGCCGCUCCGGCGGAGCAAAGAAGUGAACAGAUACAGCAGGUGCACCAGGUCUACAAUGACCGUCUGAGAAUACCUCAUUCCACGAUGCAGCAAACGACAAGCGACUAUUCAAGCUUUUGCUCCACAUAUUGCAACCAAGAGUAUGAACAGCGCUUGGUACAAGCUACAGAGAUAUCACAAGAAGCCAAGCGCAAAUGGUCCGGAGAGAAACGGUUCGGCAAGACUCGUGAAGAAUUCGAAUUCCAACUCGUAACCGGUGGAGACCCUUCUUCCGAGGCGCCAGUGUAUUUGGAAUAUGUCAACUGGGAAGCCAAUGCCCGCGCUAAGCCCAAUGCCCACGGCAAAGCCCCCAACCUCGACCCCGUCCUCACUGCAGCCCUCUUUGAACGUGCCGUCGUACCCUAUGCCAAACUCGCCGCUCAAACCCAUUCCGCUCUGAAUAGCGUAGCACUCCAGAUCGAAGAAGCAGAGGCCAAAGAGGGCGAGAAGAAGAAGAAGAGUAAGAAAGGAAAGGGAAGGAAGAAGGACGAGCCAGAGGAAGAGGACGUCAAGGGGGUACUGGUGGAACAGAAAAAAAUGGCGGAACAGGCGUUCAGGGCGUAUAAAGAUGCUGAAGCGUCUAUCUGGGCCAAGUAUGCUGCCUGGGCGGAUGAUAAUCAGGGGCCCGAGCAGGGGCUGAGUGUCAGGUCGAGGGCGGUCAGGGCUGUACCUCAGAGCGGGACGGCAUGGGCAGACUUGUUGCAGGAUCUGGCAAACCUCGAUGUCUACUUUGAGCGUGCGCUGGCUAUCGGCCAGCUCGUCAUUCCCGCCGACCGUACAACAGACCUCGUCGAAGUUUUUCUUGCCAAAGCUGCAUACGACGCUCGCCUGUCUACCCCCACCGUGUCCCUCGGUGCUGUCCACCCCGCGCUCGCCUCCAUCACCCGCGGCCUCGAAGUCAUUUCCCACAUUAACAAGUCUGGUGAUCCCAGUCUAAAGCUGGAGAAAUUUGUAUUAGACUGGGCUGAGACGAAGGGGCCGCAAUAUCUGGACCAGGCAUUGUUGGUACUCGAUAAACCCAUCAAGUCGAGGGCGAGCUCUUACCAGUAUGCGCUUCUGAGAGCUGGUGUUGAGAUCCGCCGAGAUGAUGCUUCCGCCGCUCGCGACAUCUUUGAAGACGCCAUCGCCCGUACCGACCUUGACUGGCCCGAAGCCGUCUACGAAGCCUUCAUCCAAUUCGAGAUCGUCCACGGCGACCCCAGCACACUUCUCCAGACGAGAAAGAAGAUUGAAAAGGAGCAGGAAAAGCUGGCGAAGAGAAGGGCGAAGGAGGCGGCGGCGCAAGAGCAGUAUACGGCGGCUGUGGUACAAGGCGCGGCGAGUGGAGCGGCGGAGACCGUCAUCAACGAUGUUGUGGGAGCUGCUGAGGCUGGGCAGGAACCGGUCGCGACAGCAGAAGCUGCGACUGCUCCAGCUCCUGGGCCUGUAGAGAAGAAGGAAGAGCCCUUGAAGAGGGACAGAGAAAAUACCACGGUUCUGGUCAGUGGCUUGUCCAAGGGCAUCACCACCGAGCGUAUUGGAAACUUCUUCUCUGGAUGCGGAGAUAUCCGUGAAAUAUCCAUCUUGUCAAACGAAGAGUCGAUGCACGACGACGCUCUGGUAGAGUUCAAAUUCGCCGACGCCAUCCCCCGCGUUUUGGAAAAGGACCAGAAAAAGUAUGAGGGCAGCCCCGUAUCUGUCUCGAUGCUGUGGAGGUCGACGCUGUUUGUGACAAAUUUCCCCAGAGAAAUGGAUGAUGAGGGGAUCAGAAAUCUGUUUGAACAGUAUGGAAAAAUUCUUGAAACCCGCUGGCCCAGCAGAAAGUAUGCCGACUCGAGGCGGUUCUGCUACAUCACCAUGGAUUCACCAACCUCCGCUCAAGAAACCCUCGUCCUUCAGGGGUACAAAAUCCCCGGCGCUUCUACCAAUUUUGGUCUGACCGUCUUGAUCUCUGACCCUUCUGCCAAGACAAAGCGGAGUGACGCGGCAAACUCGACAAUGUUUGUUGGUGGAUUGAACAACAAGAGCACAGAGAACGAUGUCAGAGGAUUGUUCAAAGAGUAUGGAACUAUCGGACACGUCAAGCUCGGUUGGGAUCCUGUCAAAAAGAUCUGCAAAGGCUUUGCAUUCGUUGAGAUGUCUUCCGAGGCGGAAGCGAAAGCCGCGCUCGCCUUGCACGGCACUCAGCACAAGGGUAAAUACCUCAAGGUAGAAAUUAGUGAUCCGAACCACGCAAACAAAAAGCCCAAGGACCGUGAUGAUGACAAGGCUGCUGAAAAACGACUUCGGUCUGUACGGCUGCACCACCUCCCAGAGAACACACAAGAAGGGCUGUUGCAACAGGCGCUGGAAAAGAUUGUGCCUGUGAAACGGCUCGAGCUAUUUGCAAAGAACGGGGAAGCGUUGGCCGAGCUCGAUUCGCCAGCUGAUGUUGGAUUGCUGCUCUUGCGUACCGAUGAUUUCAUCUUUGGUGACAGGAAGAUCGCCAUCACCCCGCCAAACAAGCGCCCUCAGCCAAUCAAGGAGGCUGCCGCCGGAGAAUCGAGCACCUCCUCCCCCGCUGCCCCGCCAGGCCCACCGACCAUGUUUACUCCUCGCGCCACCCGCAGGGCUCUUGCCAAGCCUAGGCCGACGGCCGUCGCAGCUGCCAAAGCCGUCGCUUCCUCCUCUGCUCCAACCGUGAGCCAAGGACAAUCUGAUUUCCGGGCCUUCGUAGAUGCAAAGAACAAACAGCGGGAGGCGAAUCUUCAGAGCUCGAGGGAAAGUGGGGAGAAGAGAAAGCUUGAAGAAGGGGAUGGGAAGGAAGGAGAGGAGAGCAAGAAGGCUAGAACGUCAACAUAG